UGGGCUACCAGCAGCUACCAGGCCACCGACAUCGGUUAACUGCAGUGAUAUAGUUUUCUCUUUAUGUGGGGUGUUUGAAGCAGUCGCAACGUCAGAACCAUGGGGGACACUGAAAAUUUUCCACAAGAACCCUGUGAAUUGCCAUCAACAGCAGAAGAAAUCUUCGUAUUCAGUGUCUUGAAUCCCUACCAUAUAAUAGUGGGUAGUGUAAAUAACAGAAACCAAAAACUAAACAAAAUAUCCCAUAAACUAACCGUAUUAGCUAAAGAAUAUUCGCAGAAUGUGCUAGAUCAUCCAAAAAAUGGAGCAUUGACUUUGGUUCAAGGACAAGUGGGAACAAAGGCAGAGCUCCCAGCCUGGUGGUGUCGUGGUAUAGUCGAAGGUUACACCGAAGUAACUUCGAAAUAUGAAAUAUUAUUACCAGAUCAUGGAGUUAAAGUUUCCCUCUCCCGAAAUGAGUUUAUUACCAUCCCAGUGAAUUCAAUGUCCGAGGAAUACCUCACUUACACCAUCGGUCUCUAUCACAUUGUACCUGGAGUCUUCAACUGUUAUGCUGUAGAGAACAACAAAAAGAAAUAUGAGAUGGUGAUUCAAAAAAAGUGGAGUCCAGAGGCUAUCAAGGUCACGAAGUGUUUGGUAGCUGGAGCUUCGAAGAUUUAUUUCGACCACAUUGCCGACUCUGGUGGUAAGAAAUGUGGAGAAAUAUAUACGAUAAUUGAUCAGGAAGUAAUACCUUUGCGGCACACGCUUGUUCACUCAAAUUUCGGUGUUUAUCUGAGGGAUGAGGAUUAUGUAGCAAUACGAGAGUUAGAAUUCCGUAAACCCAGGGAUGAAGAUGAUGAAAAGAAUGUGAUUUUGGAGCCACUGAUAUUCGAGCCAGAUGACGUUCCUAACCUGAUAUCAAAAAAAUCUAUCCACACUGACGAGAAUAGCAUCGAUAAAGUUAAUUCUCCUUUUUCUAAACCUGACAACGAACCCUAUCAAGAAGUAUUUAUUAGCAACAGCAGGAAAUGUCAACAACUAAUAUCAAUAAGAGACGCUAAUUUUUCUACAACGAUUCAUACAGCUUUAGAGGAAAUGGAGAUCGGAAGGCUCUGGAAAAUGCCAUCUUACAUGUGGCCAGCAAUCUCUAAGUGUUGCGAUGUUCUUACCGUAAGUGCUAAAGGAACAGGAAAAACCAUUGGCUACGUUGCACCAAUAUCUAAUUUAGUUCUAGCUAUGAAAGAUCAACAGGAGGAUAAUUACCCAUUGGUUUUGGUUCUCUGCGGCUCCACGAAUGCUGUUCAAAAUGCUCACGAUAUGUUCGCUACGGUCCUGGGUCAUAAUGCAGAGAUUUCAAUUGUCUCUGGGUACAAUAGUAUUGACUACAGGUCUCUGACAGCUAAAAUAUACAAUGGGUGUCAUAUAUUCAUAUCGACGCCAGCAUUUCUGAAGAGAUACUUAUUAAAAGUGAAGUAUCGCAAGGUUCUGAACCUUGACUACAUUCGUCACGUAGUAUUUGAUCAGCUAGAUGUUAUUCUACAGAAACAGAAGGCAGAGUUGGUAAACGUCCUGAAGGAAACCUCUAUUGUUAAACCAAAGUGUGAAAAUUUGAGAGGAUUCACUGUUCAACUGAUCGCUGUUGCUGAACAAUGGUCAACGACUCUUGGGAUGUUUACAGAAAUGUUCAGUGAUCCUUACAUCUGCAUUGGCUCUCAUCCUGACGCAGUAAUAUCCUGUGGUGUUCAACCAAAGUUACGACAAAUUCGAACUGCCGACAAACCUGAGCGACUGCUGGAGCUCUUGGGAGAUCGUUAUCGAGCUGUGAAGACACUCGUAGUUUGUCGCAGUAGGAGGGAAGCCUCAAAGUUGAAGAAACGACUUACAAAGCACUGCAGAAUUUUAUAUGCUGAUGGUAAAUCUCUAAUCAAUGAGAUUCAUUCGGUCAAGGAUCACUGGAGCGUAGCUAUCUCAGGAUUGUAUCCAGUUUUAAUUUGCACUGACAGUGUUCUCUAUGAUUUACGUAUCUCUGAUGCUGAAUGGCUGAUUCAUUACACCAUCGCGACGCCAACGAAAUCCAUGUUUAAUUUCAGAUUUUCGACAUUAAUUUCUAAUUUGAAGCAUAAACAAAACGCAAUGGAAGUGACGAUAAUGUUGGAUGAAACUAAUGAUCUGCAGCUUCGAGGGGUUUUAGAUUUAAUGGAGAGAUCGGGAAUGAAGUUGGCAAAGAAUCAGCUGGAAGCGGCUGAUAAAAUUAUGAUGACUCUAGAUAGGAAGAAGGAGGCUUUUUCAAUUUGUGAUAAGGUGAAGGCUUUUGGUUAUUGUUCCAGCAAAUUUAAUUGUCCGUAUAGACACUGGGUGCUGCCCGAUAUUGAUCAACCGAGCAUUUCGGUGGAAGAAGGGGAUAUUGUGAAAUUGGUGCUAACGUAUAUUCACACAGCUACACAUUUUUCGGGAAGAAUUCUCGAGAGAAUUGAUUUUAACGGACAUGCCUACAAAAUGAGCGAUGAUGAACAUGUGAACAUUGUUACUAGAUUAAACCAAUAUUUCGCAGUUUCGACUAACAGAGUAAUGGAUAAGAAUAUUUGUGUCGGGGGAAUUUAUGGGUUUAAACGUGAUGAGGGGCAUUUCGAGAGAGUGUCCAUUGUUAAUAUUGUGAAGAGGGACGUGGAUGAUAGACCGAGAUAUGUAGACCUCAAGUGUAUCGACACAGGUUUUGAAUACCGUGAUGUUAGAGUUGGCGCUCUGUUGGAAUUGUCGGAGGAGUUAAGAGUGACACCUACGUACAUCAUCGAGAUAUUUUUGAGCAAUGUCAUGCCUUACGAUAAUGAAGACGAGUGGAGUUGGUGUGCUAUGAGCUGUGUACAGAAGUGGAUAGAGGAUAAUCGAUCACCAAUCAAAUUUUUCCAAGCUAGAGUGCAAUUGGUCCUGGGGAAUACUCUAUGGAUCGACCCAUUGGAGAUCAAGAUGAAAAUCGCUGGUAGAAGAGAUCAACAACUUUCUACCCUCAAGUCUCACUUAAUUAAGAUGAAUCACGGCAUUUCUGAUGAUGACCACAUAAAACGCCUCCUAAAGCUUUGCCAAAAUGGCGAGACAUCAGAUCCCUGACUCACUUAUCUAUUCAAUUUUUUUUUGUUUUUUCUCAAUUUUUUUUUUAGGUCCGAUAAAGCAGUAUUCUGAAUCCCAUGGGGAUUCUGUAGAAUAAACAGCAUAAAGAUAUAUCAUGAAAUUUUGAUUAUCCACAAUUGUUGAGUCAUUGUUUAUUUAUCAAAUCUGGAAUUAAAAGUUUCUAGAUCGAUAAGAGGGAGGAUGCCCCUGGGGACAGACACUGUAGCGAGUAGUUGUCCCACAACACGACCUGGAGGCCUAUUCUCGAAAUAUUUCCGUGCGCGGAAUCGACUCCGUUGACGGAACGCCUAUAUAAUUCCUAUACGCAAUUCAUCUACGAAGCCACUUGCGUGCACGGAAAUAUUUCGAGAAUAGGCCCCCAGUGAGCAGCCCCCGGAUGGUCUCGAUGUCCAUGUCCGCAGCCUUCAUAUCCUCCUUUACAUAAAAUUAAAGUAAUUCCAUGAAUAUUAUUAGGCUCUAGAUGGAAUUCGGAAGCGAAACGGUGGAAUGAAAUGCUUCCGAAAAUUUAAUUUGAGUCACUUUACAAACAUCUUAGUAAGUAAUGGGUUUGGAGUCAAAUGAACUGUUGCACUGCCCACAAAAUAAAACUUGCCUCAUAAAAUAUUUUUAACAAACUUUUUGGAACCUUUUUUGUUCGGAGUGCAAAGUUGUACACACCGCCAUUUAUGUCAUUGAGUGUGUUUAGAAAUUAUACGAUUUUGCCAAUAAUUCAAUUUAAUUACCAGGCAUUGUUCCCUGACAGGCACACGUUGCCUCCUUCUUUCUACC